AUGCCCUCGCACCCUUGCCGACACCACAGCGACGACGCCGACGACGACGACGCGGAGCACCACGUCCGCGGCGACAGCGGCGGCGGCGGCCGCGGCGGCCACGACCGCGGCGACGGUGGCGGCAGCCUGGCGACGGCAGCGAUGGCAGGGACGGCCGACGGCGCGCGGCGUCGGCCAGCGCAAGCGGAAACCAUGUAUAGUUUUAGGAUGGGCAACCUUCCGAGGGCCACCCUCGCAUCGUUGCCCCUUCGGCCAGUCCUUGGCCGCUUGCGCUGGCCGCGCUCCGCUCCAAGAGCCUCGAAGUGGCCCUCCGCGGCCCGUGCUUCCUUCUCGUGCGUCCUUGCGAGAAAGGGUUGA